CAUUUCACACGUCACGCAAUGUUUAAUUUGUCAUUCUUCUCAGCGCAAAACAGUUUUCAAUACCAAGUGACACAGCAAAUCUUAUCCGGCACUCAUAAUGUUCCGCAAUCAGUACGACAGCGAUGUUACCGUUUGGAGUCCCCAGGGCCGUUUGCACCAGGUGGAAUAUGCGAUGGAGGCAGUUAAGCUGGGUUCCGCCACUGUUGGGCUCAAAAGUAAAGAUUAUGCAGUACUAAUUGCUCUGAAACGAGCGUCUUCGGAAUUGUCAUCUUAUCAGAAGAAAAUCAUUCCGAUCGAUGAUCAUCUGGGUAUUUCGAUCGCCGGAAUUACUGCUGAUGCUCGAGUUUUAAGUCGCUACAUGCGCCAGGAGUGUCUGAACUAUAAAUAUUCUUACGAUGAUAACUUUCCCGUUGGACGUCUGAUCGCCAAACUGGGCAAUAAAAUGCAAGUUUGCACCCAGCGUUAUGACCGCCGUCCCUAUGGUGUUGGUUUGCUGGUCGCUGGUUACGAUGACCAGGGUGCCCAUAUUUAUCAGACCUGUCCCAGUGCUAAUUUCUUCGACUGCAAGGCGAUGUCUAUCGGUUCUCGUUCGCAAAGUGCUAGAACGUAUCUGGAAAAGCAUUUGAGCAAAUUCCCAGAUUGCAACAAGGAAGAGCUCAUUCGACAUGGUGUCCAAGCUCUACAGGAUACACUACCCAAUGAAGUGGAACUGAAUAAUAAGAAUAUUUCAAUCGCUGUUGUUGGAAAGGAUGAAAAAUUCCAUAUUCUCGAAGAAAACGAAAAUGCACAAUAUUUGACCAAUAUUGUGCGCCGUGGAGGCGGUGGUGGAGGACAAGUGGAUGCUAGCGGUGGACAACCACCAGCUGACGAUGAUCAGCCUCAACCCCCAAACGACCCAGCGGACCCGAUCCCCGCCGUGGCGAUGGAAACAUAAAGCGGAGUGCUUCCGUGGAAUCGUUGAAUGUUGAAGCUCAUCAAGUCGAGGCUUUGGGUGCGUUUCAACAAACAAUAUUUCCGAAGCAUUACGUUAGUAAACCCUUUCUGGUGUAUGCAGUUUUGAAAGGCGCAUGGGUGGGAGUUUGAAAAUGUAUUACUUUGUCAAACUCCCACCCAAAAUUUUGUAUGUGAUCAGCGUUAUUGUAUCAGAUUCUUUCGUUAUGCCGCUAUUCAAAAUACACUGAGUAUAUUAUUCAUAA